CUCAGUGGUACUGGACAAGAGCGUUGUUUUUAUUUUAACAAUCUCCUAUCAAAAUGCGGGAAAUAAGUUUAAUUUUAACGGUCUUUUUUGCAGUAUUCUAUUCUAUUGAAGCAGUGCCCCUCAUCAAAAAAUGUAAAACUGACGAUUCAAAAUGUGUGAAGGCAUCGAGUGUAGAUGCGAUACCUAUGUUUGCGGCUGGUAUACCCGAAUACGGUGUGAAAACUCUGGAUCCCAUAACCUUCCCCAAAAUCGACGCAAGUUCACCAAAUUUGAAACUAAUUUUAACAGAUGUCACAUUCAAAGGUCUUAAAAAUUGUCAAGCCAAAAAGGUCAAACUUGAUAAAUCGAAAGGAAAACUUUUGAUUAAGUUGCUAUGCUCUGUCGACAUGGAUGGGUCCUAUGAGAUGAAUGGAAAGCUGUUAAUCCUGCCUAUUGAGGGCAAAGGGCCAGUUCAUGUUAAGCUAAGGAAAGCGGAAGUGAACGUCGAGGUGGACGUUGAUUUCCAAUCCGCCAAAUGGGAGAUCAAGGAAUGGAAACACUCAUAUGAAUUAAAAGAUAACUCAGAAGUUGUUUUCGAAAAUCUAUUCAACGGUAACGAAGUUCUGGCGAGUGCAGCCCGUGACGUCAUCGCAAACAGCGGCAAUGAAAUCAUCACAGAAGUUGGACCACCAGUCAUCAAAACUGUUGUUGACGAAGUCGUUAAGUCCAUUAAAGCUUUCUUCGAUGCUGUUCCUGCAAGCGAAUUGGCCUUAGAUUAAAACUAUUAAAUAUAUAAAGUCUAUUGUAAUAUAAGUA